UUCAAAAUUCUGCUGCUAUAGGGUGCUCAGCCAUACCAGCUGGGAUCACAUCACCUCCAUCCUCCAGCAAAUACACUUGCCCAGUUCAAUACCGCAUCCAAUACAAAAUCAUUCUACUUGUACACAAAUCUCUCCAUAAUUGGCCCCUUCACAACACUAUCCACCUUCAAAACCAUACUGAAAACACAUCUGUUAAGAAUGGCUUUCCCCUCAGCCACUUAUCUUCUUCUCACUGCGUCAUAACUGUUUUUAUCCUUGUUUCUUGGUUUUUUCCUUUUAUUUCUGUAUCACCUCCACCCAUUAUGUGCAGUCCAAAACACAAAACACUCUCGACAAUAUUAAUACUCUACACUCUACUGUAGUCAACACUUUACUCUAGACAAUAUUAACAAUUUACACUACACUGUACACUUGUCUUAAUAUUAACAAUAUUAACACUCUAUCCCCGGGAAAGAAGAAAUACGCAUUAAUGAUUGGCUGAUAGGGGGGCUAUUAAUUCUGUAUUUUGGGACACCUAUGAAGUAGAUCUGGUAAAAAAGAAAAGUUUAAUCAUUGUUCCAACUAACAACCAUAGCAUACAACGGUUUAACUACAAAUGUACCCAAACUACCCAUCAUUAUCCUGGUCAGUAAGGAAAGAAAGUAGUACAACUGAACAAGUGGUAGUACAACUGAACUAUAUGUUUCAUUUGUGUGCUAUAAAUCUACCACUAGUCAGAACGAGGCCCGUAUUUGGGCUGAGUAGUUUCAUAUAGCUCUAAGAUGUCUAAUUUCCCAAAGAAAGAAUAUGUGGGAUGAUCAACUUCUGCUAGUUUGUUGAAUCUAUUUCAAGUUAGUGACGUUCGUUUUGUUUUGUUUUAGCUUAUCAAUGUUAUUUGUUUUGCUGUUGCUGUUGAACUUGUUGUCUCUGAUGACCUCCACAUCCCAGAGCAGGAUAUAAAUAGGUCCCAUUCUACACAGCCAUGAUGUUGUGUAUUCCAUGGUGGCUCAGAUCAAGAUGACACUCCAUAUCAGCCUUACUCUGUUGGGCAUGCUCUGCUCUCAAGCUGCUGGACUGAUCUGUAACAUGUGUAUACCGAACGCCUCAGGACUGUGCACAGAAACCAACGUGUCUUGUCCUGAGGGAGUGUGCAGCGGGGUAACUGCAGGUGCAUACACAGCUGGAGUGAAAUUACAUGGCACAGCCAUUAGGAACUGCGUGCCGUUUGACCAGUGCCUCAAUGCCUCGGUGAAUUUUGGGAUCGCCAAGAUAGUCUUAAACACCAACUGCUGUUCUACAGAUAACUGCAAUACAAAGAUGCCUCCAGAGGUGACAUUGAACACUCCCAAUGGAAAUAGAUGUUUCACCUGCAACGAGGACUGCUAUGAGACACUGACUUGCGUUGGAGAUGAGGAUCACUGUAUCAAAGCAAAUACUAAUGAGAACGGUCAGAAGAUCCCUUUAAAGGGCUGUGCCACCAGCACUGUGUGCCAGGGGAAGAUGGCGGACCAGUUACAAGACCUGGCAUUUGGGCUAGAAUGCUGCAAGGGGGACCUGUGUAACAGUGCCUGGAGAACGUCAGGGUCGAGUCUGGCACCCCUGUUGGGCUCCUUGACCUGCGGCCUCUUCCUCCUCCGCCACCUCCUCCACUGAGUGGCCUCUCUCUGGUCCUCCGUGUUCUGUCCACACCUGGUGGCGUUCAGUCCAGAUUCAUCAAAGCUACCGCAAAUGCCUUCGUCUCUGAAUGUGUGCUAAUGACCUUCCAUUAGCCUAGAGACUCUCUGGCGAAAAAUGACCAGCUUCCUGUCAGCAGCAGUAUGUCAAUCUUAUUUGGUGCCAUUACAAUCAUUCAAAAAUAAUAAUCAAAUGUAAUAAUUAGGUCUGGUGAGUGACAUAAUAAAGGUAUACUAUGCA